UAGUCCUGUUCCGUUCUCUUUUCACGAGGAAAUUUGGAUUCGCGUCUCCGUUCUGGCUUCACACAACCCCGAUUUAGCCGCAUCAUUACUUGUUUCUGCCUCUUCUCGAGGAAAACACCAUCAUUGCCAUUAUCCACCGCAGAGCUCGAUCCAUGAGCCGGGUCUAGCUGUGACCGGCCUAAUGGCCAUCAAUUUCUUUUCUUUCAUGUUCAUUUCCCAAUUUAUGCAUGCUUGAGGCGUCAGCAUUCUCUUGACCUUGCGACUGGAAUCGCUUUCAUUUGAAGAACUGUGACCAUGGCGACGAACGCCAAUCUGCCAGCCGGUGCUUUUAUCACAUCUUUGGGGGGGAAGAGAUUACAGGCAACGACAACGCAAGCUGCGGCACCCGCGAUACCCCCUGCUGUAGCACCCGUGCUCACUGAUACUACCACCACGGCUGCUGCUGUUACUACUACAGCUGCUCCCCCUCCCCCUCCACCACCUCUGCAGCAGCAAACGCUGAUAAGUACAACGGGUUCUACCUCGGUAGCUGAGAUUGUGUCUUCAGCGUCAGCAGUGGAGACCUCGGCCGCAAUUGCUCCUACGUCAGAAGUUGGGACGUCAAUCAUAGCCGAUCUCACUUCAGCAACAGCAGGGAAUGCUGCCUUGUUGACAACAAUUGGAACGGGGACACAGGCAACCCCGGGACAGGCAGAAGCCACAGACUCUUCAUCAGAACCGACUGCCACGUCAGCAGUGAGUGACGAUAGUGGUAUCAGCACGAAAACGACCAUAGCUGUAGUAGGCGGUGUCGUUGGAGGAGUGGUUGCAAUUGCGCUCAUAGCAUUCCUAAUCUGGUUCUGGCAGAAGAGGAUACGUCAAAAGCGGAGAAGCACAUUGUUGACCCCUCUGGGACCCGAGUCUGGUUUCGGCAGUGCCCGUGAAAAGAUUCCCUACUCCAACAGCAGGAAUUCUAUCGGGCCUACCACUGUGUCAGAGAAGUUGAAGGCCCUUGUAGGGUCCAAUGUGCGGAAGAUUCGAGGACGAUUCGGCGGUCAUAGUCCAUCGGGUAGCGUCAAUCUGAACAGGGGUAACUCACAGUAUAUGGAAGGGAUGACACAUAGUCGUGAUAACUCCGCUGACAUGGGCGGAUCAGCCAAAGACCGACUGCUGGGUUUCUUUGGUCGGUCCGACGACAAACCAGGCCGCGGUGGGCUCAAGGACGGCCCUUCCACAGGACGCGGAAUGAAGGGUGCCAAGGCCCGUCCAGGUUCACAGCCGGACUUUUUGACACUCCUCAGUAUGGAUGAUAAGCAACUGUCUGCUCAGACCAACAAUGGUCGCACCAGCAUGAGCAAUCCGAGACGAUCUCAGAGCGCAGGCUCGAAUGACCACUUCCUCGGCAGCCUGAACCUCAAUUUUGAUGCGGCGAACCCGUUCUCAGAUGCAAAUAUCAUGGACCGCGAGUCAGCCAAACCAAGACCGCUAGUUAUCACGAAUCCCGACAAUCCUUUUUCUGACGCAAAUGCCGUUCAGCAGCCUGUGGCGGCCAAACAGACCGGGCCCACAACGUAUGUGCAGAAUAUACGUCGAUCGCGUGGUACGUCCGUCGGCGGCGCCAUGACGAGACCUCCCAGCACAGACGCACCCAGUAUGUGGCGGGAAUCGGGGACUUCAGUCGCGUCCUUCGCGACGAGACGUAACAAGUUCCGAUCAGAUCCAUUUGACCUCGAUAGGCCGGAGUUGCUAUCUUCCUCUGUCGGUGCGCAGGUACCACUACCCGCGACUCGCAAUAGCCGCACUGGCAGCCUGAGAGGGAGCGGCGUGCCACUGCCUCCGAACCCCGCGCAUACCCGCGCCGAGAGCCUGUCGAGCAGCAAGUAUUCCAGCGGAGUCGUGAGUCUGGAUCAGUGGAGUGACCCCGGACCAGAUGUCGGGCCCGCAAGCUCGAGAUAUGAGAGCCCAACGCCGACGGGCGAGAGGAAGGGCGACGGCCGCAGACGAAGCGGUGCUAGCCAGGGCAGCCAAGGAAGUGUGGGCAAAGCGUAUUGAUGAGAUGAUGAUGUUAGAUGGGUUCACGACAUGG